UGCUCACAUUCCUGGACAGUGUGAGACAGGAGGUGGGAACAGUUGGAGUUGUAUAACCUAGUGGGGAGGUGGCUUAAGCAUCAAAAGUCCUGCUGGACUGUGCACUGAAGCAGACUCUUGUUAGACCGGACCAUGGAUCCUAGUGUCCUGCUCCUCCUUGCUGUCCUUCUGAGCUUAUUUCUACUCCUGGUCAGGGGCCAUGCAAAGAUCCAUGGUCAUCUUCCACCAGGACCCCGUCCUCUACCCCUCUUGGGGAACCUCUUGCAGAUGGAUAGAGGAGGCCUUCUUAAGUGUUUCAUUCAUGCAUCUGGUUUUCCCUGGUGUUGGUUGGAUUAUCCUGAUGAUAGCAGGACUUCUCAGAAAGGUGUACGGAGCUGUGGAGCAGACAAUGGAUGUCAGGGGGAAGCAGAAUGCUCUUGUGAUCCAGCAUGCCCCUCUGGACCAAAGGCUUCAAGAAAAACAUGGAGAUGUGUUCACAGUGCACUUGGGACCGAGGCCCGUGGUUGUGUUGUGUGGGACACAGACGAUAAGGGAGGCUCUGGUGAACAACGCUGAGGCUUUUUCUGGCCGGGGGACCAUUGCUGCAGCUCAGCUAGUUAUGCAGGACUAUGGCAUAUUUUUUUCUAGUGGGGAACGCUGGAAGACCCUUCGGCGAUUCUCUCUGGCCACCAUGAAAGAGUUUGGAAUGGGAAAGCGGAGUGUGGAGGAGAGGAUAAAGGAGGAGGCCCAAUGUUUGGUGGAGGAACUGAAGAAAUACCAGGGAGCCCCCCUGGAUCCAACCUUUUUCUUCCAGUGUGUUACAGCCAAUAUCAUCUGCUCCAUUGUCUUUGGAGAGCGCUUUGACUACACAGAUGAACAGUUCCUGCGUUUGCUGAAUCUGAUGUAUCAGAUAUAUUCACUCUUAAGGUCAUUCUCCUGCCAGAUGUUUGAGCUCUUCUCUGGUCUCUUGAAGUACUUUCCUGGUGUACACAGACAAAUUGCUAAAAACCAGCAGGAAAUCCUCAACUUCAUUACCCAUCGUGUGGAAAAGCACAGGGCAACCUUGGACCCCAGUGAGCCACGAGACUUCAUCGAUACCUAUCUGCUGAGGAUGGAGAAGGAGAAGUCAAACCACAACACGGAGUUCCAUCACCAGAACCUCAUGAUGUCUGUGCUCUCUCUCUUCUUUGCUGGAACUGAGACUACCAGCACCACUCUCUGCUGUGGUUUCCUGCUCAUGCUCAUGUACCCCCAUGUUGCAGAGAAAGUCCAAAAGGAGAUUGAUCAGGUGAUCGGCUCACACCGGCUACCAACCCUUGAUGAUCGCACCAAAAUGCCAUACACUGAUGCAGUCAUUCACGAAAUUCAGAGAUUUUCAGAUAUUGUCCCUACUGGAGCACCACACAGAGUGACCAAAGAUACCAUGUUCCGAGGGUACCUGCUCCCCAAGAACACUGAGGUGUACCCCAUCCUGAGUUCAGCUCUCCAUGACCCACAGUACUUUGAACAACCAGACAGUUUCAAUCCUGACCACUUCCUGGAUGCCAAUGGGGCACUGAAGAAAAGUGAAGCUUUUCUACCCUUCUCCACAGGAAAGCGCAUUUGUCUUGGUGAAAGCAUUGCCCGCAACGAAUUGUUCCUUUUCUUCACGUCCAUCCUCCAGAACUUCUCUGUGGCAAGCCCUGUUGCUUCUAAGGACAUUGACCUCACUCCCAAGGAGAGUGGUAUUGGAAAAAUACCUCCAACGUACCAGAUCUGCUUCUUGGCCCGCUGACUGGGCUGAGGCAGCCAGGUGGCCCCACUUUUGUUGAGAAUGGCUCUAUUUUUGUGCCUCUGAGAGAGCUGCUGGAAACUAGACUGUAUGUUGCUGCUCACAUCUUUCCUCCUAUUGUGGUUCUCCACAGCUGGAAGGUGUGUUCUUCCCUGUGAAUGGCACUGGAGAAAACAAUCAACUAUCAUACUUGAUUUGUGAACAGAGACUUCUGGAGUCCACAUCUCAUGCUGAGUCACUUCCCUCUUCCUCCCAACUUCACACUCUGUGGUCUGUGCUAAUGGGCCCUGUACAAGGUCUGAAUUCUAUGUCUACAGACUUGCCUAGUAUGUCAACAUACUAGGUAUGUUUCAGGUAAACAGAAUCACAUAGUGUGUGA